AGACUGAGCGGACGACCUUUCACUCACUUUUCAUCUUGGUGCUGAAAUCCUCCGUUAUUCGUGGACGAAACAAAUUGGAUUCUCAGUGCUGGAUUCAUGAUAUUAAUUGCGGAAUUCCAAUUUUUCAAUUGACUGCCAUUAAUUGCAGACUUAAAACUUAACUGUAGGUUCCGAGUUGGCCAUGAGAGGGCUUGCGCGUCCUCGUCAUUUCUGGGGUACCUUCUGCUUAUUUGUGGCGCUUUCUGUUGAUCUCCGGGCAUUCUCAGCUCACUUCUUGUGGAUUUUGGGUCGUUUCUGGGGAACUUUCUCUUCAUUUUUGGUGACUUCCCGUUGAUUUGGGGUCAUUACUGCUUGAUUUGGGGGACAUUUUUGGGUUAGGUUGGUUAUUUUGGUGACUUCCUGUUGAUUUUGGGUCAUUACCGGUUGAUUUGGGAUCAUUUCUGGGGGACAUUGUCUAUUUCUGGCACUUCCUGUUAAAUUUGGGGAAUUUUCAGGUCGCUUUCUGUUGAUUUCUGGGUAUUUUCAGCGCACUUCUUGUUGAGUUUGGGUCAUUCGUGAUUGAUUUAGGAAAAUUUUGGGGUCAUUUUUGGGUUACGUUGUUUAUUUUGGUGACUUCCUGUUGAUUUCGGGGGACUCUCGGAUCAGUACUUGUCGAUUUUGCUCACUACCUUUUGAUUUGGAGUCAAUUCUGGGGCACACAGUUUUAUUUUGGUCACUUCCUGUCAAUUUGGGGGAAUUUUCAGGUCACUUUCUGUUGAAUUCCGGGCAUUGCCAGCUCACUUCAUGUUGAUUUUGCGUCGUUUCUGGGGAACGUUUUAUUUUAGUCACUUCCUGUUCAUUUUGGGUCAUCACCGGUCGAUUUUGGGUCAUUUCUGGGCAAUGUUUAUUUUAGUCGAUGCCUAUUGAUUUUGGAGAAUUUUGGGUUUAUUAUGGGGCCAUUUGUGGAUUACGUAGUUUGUUUUGAUGACUACCUGUUGAUUUUGGUUCAUUUCUGUGGCACUUUGGCUUUUUUUGGGGGUCACUUCCAUCCAACCAUGCAUCCAUUUUCUUCCGCUUAUCUGAGGUUGGGUCACGGGGGCAGCAGCUUCAGAGGUGAAGCCCAGCAACUUCAGCCAGCUCUUCUUGGGGGAUCACAAGGCGUUCCCAGCCCAGCCGGGAUGUCUCCCCAGCAUGUCCUGGGUCGGCCCCGAGGCCUCCUCCCUGUGGGACUUGCCCGGAACACCUCACCAGGGAGGUGCCCCGGAGGCAUCCUAAUCAGAUGCCCGGGCCACCUCGUCUGGCUCCUCUCGAUGAGGAGGAGCAGCAGCUCUACUCCGAGCCCCUCCCGGAUGACCGACGAGCAGCAGCUCUACUCCGAGCCCCUCCCGGAUGACCGACGUUCUCACCUUAUCUCUAAGGGAGAGCCCUGACACCCCAUGGAGGAAACUCAUUUCGGCCGCUCGUAUCCGGGAUCGUUCUUUCGGUCACGACCUACAGCUCGUGACCAUAGGUGAGGGUAGGAACAUAAAUCGACCAGUAAAUAGAGAGCUUUGCCUUUUGGCUCAGCUCCCUCUUCACCACGACGGACCGAUGCAGAGUCCGCAUCACUGCAGACACGGCACCGAUCCGCCUGUCGAUCUCCCGUUCCAUUUUUCGUCACUCGUAAACAAGACCCCAAGAUACUUGAACUCCUCCACUUGGGGAAGGACCUCAUCCCUGACCUGGAGAGGGCAUUCCACCUUUUCCCGACUGAGGACCAUAGUCUCGGAUUUGGAGGCGCUGAUUCUCAUCCCGACCGCUUCACACUCGGCUGCGAACCGCUCCAGUGAGAGCUGAAGGUCAUGGCCCGAUGACGCCAACAACACCACAUCAUCCCGCAGAAAGCCGAGAUGCGAUAUUGAGGCCACCAAACCGGGCCCCCUCAGUGCCCUGGCUGCGCCUAGAUAUUCUGUCCAUAAAGGUAAUGAACAGAACCGAUGACGCAGGGCAGCCAUGUCCAACUGUCACUGGAAACGAAUCCGACUUACAACCGGCUACACGGACCAAACUCUGACACCGGUCAUACAGGGACUGAAUCCCCCGUAUCAGGAAUUUUAAUACACCAUACUCCCGGAGCACCUCCCACAGGACUCUCUGGGGGACACGGUCGAAUGCCUUCUCCAAGUCCACAAAACACAUGUUGACUGGUUGGGCAAAGUCCCAUGACCCCCCGAGAACCCUGCUGAGGGUAUAGAGCUUAUCCACUGUUCCCGGCCCAGACGAAAACCCCACUGCUCCUCUUCAAUCAGAGAUUCGACUUCCCGAUGGAACCUCCUCUCCAGUACCCCUGAGUAGACCUUCCCAGGGAGGCUGAGGAGUGUGAUCCCCCUAUAGUUGGAACAAAUCUUCCGCCCCCCCCCCCCUUUUAAAAAGAGGGACCACCACCCCGGUCUGCCAAUCCAGAGGCACUGUCCCCAGUCCACGCGAUGUUGCAGAGGCGUGUCAACCAAGACAACCCCACAACAUCCAGAGCUUUUAGAAACUCCGGGCGGAUCUCAUCCAACCCCGGGGCUCUGCCACCGAGGAGCUUUUUAACCACCCCGUUGACUUCAACCCCAGAGAUAGGAGGACCCGCCUCGGAGUCCCCAGGCUCUGCUUCCUCAUGGGAAGGCGUGUUGGUGGAAUUGAGGAGGUCUUCAAAGUAUUCGGCCCACUGACUCACAACAUCCCUGGUCUAGGUCAGCAGCGCCCCAUCCACAAUAUACACCGUGUUGGUAGUGCACUGCUUUCCUUUCCUGAGACGCCUGAUGGUGGACCAAAAUUUAUUUGAAGUCGUUCUCCAUGGCCUCACCGAACUCCUCCCAUGCACGGGUUUUCGCCUCGGUGACCACCCGAGCCGCGUGCCGCUUGGCCAGUCGGUACCCAUCAGCUGCCUCUGGAGUCCCGUAGGCCAAAAAGGCACGACAGGACUCCUUCUUCAGCUUGACGGCAUCCCUCACCGAUGGUGUCCACCAGCGGGUUCCGGGAUUGCCGCCACGUCAGGCACCGACCACCUUGUGACCGCAGCUUCGGUCAGCCGCCUCAGCGAUAGAGGCGCGAAACACGGUCCAUUCGGACUCAAUGUCUCCUGCCUCUCCCUGGACAUUGGGAGAAGCUCUGCCGGAGAUGGGAGUUGAAACUCCUCCGGACAGCGGACUCCGCCAGGCGUUCCCAGCAGACCCUCACAAAACGUUUGGGUCUGCCGGGCCGGACCGGCAUCUUCCCCCACUAUCUGCGCCAACUCACCACCAGGCGGUGAUCGGUUGACAGCUCCGCCCCUCUCUUCACCGGAGUGUCCAAGACAUGCGGCGGCAAGUCCGAUGACACGACUAUAAAGUCGAUCAUCGAACUACGGCCUCGGGUGUCCUGGUGCCAAGUGCACAUAUGGACACCCUUAUGCUUGAACAUGGUGUUCAUUAUCGACAAUCCGUGACGGGCGUAGAAGUCCAACAAUAGAACACCGCUCGGGUUCUGAUCAGGGUGGCCGUUCUUCCAAAUCACGCCCCUCCAGGUCAUUGCCCACGUGAGCAUUGAAGUCCCCCAGCAGAACGUCCCAGAAGGUGUGCUCUCCAGCACCCCUUCCAAGGACUCCAAAAAGAGUGAGUGCUCUGAACUGCUGUUUGGUGCAUAAGCACAAACAACAGUGAGGACCCGUCCCCCCAACCGACGGUCAUUUGUGAGGCACAGAGUUUUAUUUUGGUCACUUCCUGUUGAUUUUGGGUCGUUACCAGUUGAUCUGGUGUUAUUUCUGAGGGAUCUUUGCUUUAUUUUGCUUAGUUUCUGUUGAUUUUGACUCAUUUCUCUUUUAUUUUUGGUCACCUGCUGUUGAUUUUGGGUCACUACCACCAUUUCUGGGAGACUUUCUUUUUAUUUGUGUCACUUUUUGUUAAUUUUGUGGAAUUUCCAGGUCCCUUUCUGUUGAUGUGGGGGCAUUCUCGGCUGACCUCUUGUUGAUUUUUCGGGUCAUUUCUGGGUCACAUUCUGUUGAAUUUGGGGAAUUUCCCCAAGAAUUAAACACUGCUUUUGGCCCCCGAUCACCCUCUUAGUUGUUUUUUGAAAUUCACAGUUAAACUAGUGCCCUUUUAGGGGUUAAGCGAAUGAUGGUCGUUGCUUGGAUACGCUUUUCAAAAACAGCUAACCACUUCCUCACAACCUGGCUCACCGAAACACACUCGCACUUAUGACAAACGUACAUUCUGUUGCAUUCGUGUGCUGAAUAAAUGUCUGCAAUAUUAAUUGAUUGAUUGAUUUGGUCUCUUCCUGUUGAAACGAGGGCCUUUUUGGCUCCCUUCCUGCUGAUUUUAGGGCACUUGUGGGUCAUCCCGUUCAUUUCGUCACUUCCUGCUCAAUUUGGGGCAUUUUUGGCCGACUUCCUGUUGAUUUUCAACGGCAGGCAAUGAGUUCAUCGACUUGGUGGUUUGUAACGGCCGUAGACAAAAGCAGUAAGGUGAGACUGGAGGUUCUUUGCCGUUUUAGCUGAUGCUAGCUGCUGUGAAAGGAGUGGUUUCCUUUCCCCCCCCCAAUAUCUACACAAUACAGUCUGUAGUCAGAAGACUCAACACGGGAAGUCAGCGGUGAUGGACGGAUGGACAAACAGCCCCAGGAAGUUGAACAUGUGGAUUCCCACAUGGGGGACUCACCUCAGAUAUCUUUUUUUGUUGUUGUUCUAGUUGGAGAGAUGAAGAAAGACAUCGACGCACUGUUAGCACAGGAACGUGCUGACAUCAUUUCCAAGUAUGACAAGGGCAGGCUGCAGGGCGUCCCGGCGGAGUCUUGGGAGGACGCCGACUACGGCGUCUACAAGGUGACGGACCGAUUGGGUUUCCUGCAUGAGAAAGAGUUACCGACGCCCGGCGUGCUGGAGGAAAAGCAAAAGCAGCAGGAGAUGGAGCGUGUGCAAAAGUGGCUGAAGAUGGUGAAGAACUGGAGCAAAUACAAGAACGGCGACAAGUUGGCGAAGCGCGUUUAUAAAGGCAUCCCGCUCCAGCUGAGAGGUCAAGCCUGGUCCUUGCUUUUGGACGUGGACAAAGUCAAAGGAGACAACCCGGGAAAAUAUGAGAAAAUGAAGCUGCAGGCUCGGAACUUCUCCACGGAGAUCAAACAGAUCGACUUGGACGUCAAUAGAACCUUCAGGAACCACAUCAUGUUCAUGGAGCGCUUUGGAGUCAAGCAACAAGCACUCUUUCACGUAUUGGCAGCCUACUCCGUCUACAACACGGAGGUGAGCUACUGUCAGGGGAUGAGUCAGAUCGCCGCCAUGCUGCUGAUGUACCUGAACGAGGAGGACGCCUUCUGGGCCCUGUCCCAGCUCCUUACCGACAACAAGCACGCCAUGCACGGUUUCUUCAUCCCGGGUUUCCCCAAACUGCAGCGUUUCCAGGCUCACCAUGAGCGGAUCCUCUCCAAAAUGCUUCCCAAAGUCAGGAAGCACCUGGAGCGAGAGCAGAUGUCCUGCGGGCUUUACACCACCAAGUGGUUCCUCCAGUGCUUUAUUGACCGAAGCCCGUUUACCCUCACUCUGCGCUUAUGGGACAUCUACAUUCUGGAAGGGGAGAAGAUGCUGAGCGCCAUGGCUUACACCACCCUCAAGUUACACAAGAAGCGUUUGCUGAAGUUCCAGUUGGAGGAGCUGAGGGAGUUCCUUCAGGAGCAGCUGGCCGCUUCCUUCCUGCUUCCGGACGACGCGGUGGUGGAGCAACUGCAGGCCGCCAUGGCCGAGCUACGCGCUAAAAAGUUGGACAAACCCCCUCCAGCCAAGUCAGAGGAGCUCCCCAUGAAGCCCCUGGGCAGAGAGCUCCCCGUCGUCCUGCUGCCUCUGCUCACCGACUCCCCCGGCGAGGUCAAACCCGGGCAUCGGGGAGCGCCUCCUUCGCCGUCGCCCGAAGCCGCCUCUUCUCCUUUGGCGGCGCGUAGAGCCCCUUCGUUAUCCCGUGUCGAGGAAGACCACGUCGGCCGGGGACGGACCCCGGACGCCCGGGAGGAGCCGGCGGAUUGGCCCCCGCCUCCUCCGGAAUUUGCGGGCGCGCCCACGGAGAUGUGGGACUUGCCGGAUCUUCCGCCUCCGCCGCCGCCCUUUUCCCCGACGGAGAGGGAGCAAACGUUCAGUUCUCCGACGGACGGGCACAUUUUGGCCGGGUUUACGGCGCAUUUGCACGGGCUGGCGCCCCCUCAGGCCGACAGGCGACCUUCCGCAGUUUCUCAGUACGACAACCUGUCGGAAGCGGACGACGGGCGGAGCUCCCCGGCGCCCGGCCGAGAAGAUGUUCUUUUCCAGAGAGACUACGAGCCCGCCCGUCAUCUGCCCACGUUAUGGCCCCUCCACACCGUGGCCGCUGUGCCACAGGAGGCAAAAUAUACACACGAUGAGCGGCGGACGCCCGCGACCUCGUCCUCUGUACUCGUGAGCUUGCCGGCCUCAGCCCUCAAACAGAUUCCCUUCCAAAGAGACGACAAGCCCGCUCCCCGGCCACCCCUUUGCCAGGCCAGUUUGCCUCAGGCGGCAAAAUACAGAGACGAUGAGCGGCGGGUACCCGCGACCCAGUGUCCCGCGCCGGCCCCCCAAAACGAGCCCGCCCAUCAUCCGCCCACAUUACGGUUGCCUCAGGAGGCAAAAUAUAAAGACGGCGAGCGGCGGGCACCUGCGACCCCGCCUCCUCAUUUCUCCCGUAGCCCCCGGGACCGAUCGGCCUUUCCGUCGCCGCUCUUGUACACGGGGCCCUCGUCCGGCGCGGACUUUUGCAGGCAUCUACCAAAGUCUGUCGCGUUUUGAAGUGGAAUUGACACAUCUACUGAACUUUGCAGUGUCAAACUCUGGAGCUAAAAAGGUCCGUUGUGGUCACGUCCUAUUGAUUUUAAACAUUUCUGGGUAACAUCCUGUUUGGAAUUGACAAAUCAACAGAGCUUUGCGGUGUCAAUCCUUUUGUUGCGUUGCAAAAUGUGUGAAGAAAUAAAAUCGCUGCAUUUUUCUUUUUACU